UUAAUUGUACACAAGUAUGCGAACAGCUUAGUCACAUUUUUAAAUUAAGUAAGACAGAGCACAUUGAUUACAAAUCAUUUUGUUUUUAUAGGACACUCUUACAUAUACGUAUCUGAUUUGUAAAAUGAAGGAUCCCUUGCAUGUCUGUCUAUAUUAAAUUAAUUAUGUGCUUGACGUGCCACAAUUAUUAAUGCAUUAAUAACUUUGUUGACUGUCAACAGGUACAAGCCAUCUCAGCAGUAGUUUCCACUGUCAUUCUCUCAGGCAGAGAUACUCAAAUGAAAGUGAAGAGUGAAUUACUUCAAAAUGAUAUAUUAUUGCUUCCUUACCACACACCAGGUCAUUGGGUUAUUGCGAUAGCCUUGAUGGAAAAAAAGGAAUUGUUAAUAAUUGACCCCUUGUGUGAUGAGAUCAGAUAUGAAAGGACAUGCCUGAGGAAUUGGAGAAACUUCAUCAAACGAUUAACUAGUAAAUCCUCAUCUAAUUGGAACAGUAAAAUUGUUCCGCAUCCCAGACAAAGUGAUGGCCACAACUGCGGACCACUCAUCUUAAAGUUUGCAGAAACGUAUUUGCAGCACAAAGACUUCAGUGCGGUAGAAACAACACAAGAGGCUAAUACUGCGUUUAGAAGACAUAUAGCAAUUCUUCUAAUGAAGGAGUCAGGUAAUUACUUUCUUGCAUGUAUUGUGGACUCAUUAGGCACAUGUGAAGAUAACAUGAAGAGUGGAACUUUGUGCAUAGUUCACUUCAUUACCCCCAAAAAAACCCCAAUAGAAAAACCCAUAGUUUAA